CUGUCAGACACUGAGCAGAGGACUUCCCCUCCAGCUGUUUUAGGUAACAGGAAGUCUGAAGUAAUGGCUGGAAAACCAAAACUUUACUACUUUGAUGGAAGAGGCAGGAUGGAGUCGAUUCGCUGGUUGUUAGCUGCAGCUGGGGUUGAGUUUGAGGAAGAGUUCUUUGAAACUCGAGAGCAGUAUGAGAAGCUUCUGCAGGGUGGAUCCCUGAUGUUUCAGCAAGUGCCCAUGGUGGAAAUUGAUGGAAUAAAGAUGGUGCAGACCAGAGCCAUUCUCAGCUACAUAGCAGCAAAGUACAACCUCUACGGCAAGGACCUAAAGGAGAGAGCCCUGAUUGAUAUGUAUGUUGGAGGAACUGAUGAUCUUAUGAUGCUCAUUUUGGUCUUUCCAUUUUUAUCGGCUGAAGAUAAAGAGAAACAACUUGCUGAUAUAGUCCAAAAGGCAACAAGCAGGUACUUCCCAGUAUAUGAAAAGGUUUUGAAAGGCCAUGGGCAGAAUUUUCUCGUUGGCAACAGUUUUAGCUGGGCAGAUGUUCAUCUUCUUGAAGCCAUUUUAAUGGUAGAAGAAAAGAAGUCGGACGUGCUCUCAGGCUUUCCUCAGUUACAGGCUUUUAAAAAGAGGAUAAGCAGCAUCCCCACAAUCAAGAAGUUUCUAGAGCCAGGAAGCCAAAGAAAACCUGUUCCUGAUGAUAAAUAUGUGGAGACUGUGAGGAGAGUUCUCCGCAUGUACUAUAACGUAAAGGCGAUUUAACGUGCCUGGCUACAACAACAGCUGUUGAGAGAGCUACCAGAUGGCACUUCUACAAUUAUACUGCAGAAAGAAGGUGAAGAGGUCUUCAAAAGGAGUUUUAUGGCAGUAUCUCCUCUCAUACAAAAUACUAUAGGCAGGUAUCUUUUCUAACACUUUACUACAAGUCUAUUUUUUAAUUCAUUCUUCUUGAGAUCUUACAGGUAAUUUUAAACAAGUGAAAUGGCAACAAGCUGGCACCGAGCAUGCUGUCUUCUUGAUUCUUCAUUGUUUUGAACAUAGCUGCAGGCAAAUGAAACAAGUGGGUUUUAAUAAAAAGGAGAGGGGCAUUUCUCUUGCCAGUUCCUCAGUAACUUUUCUGAAAUGUCAGCAUCGUGACUUCAAACUUCAUUUUAAUUUGUUUUCUAAUUCAGGAAUAACAUUUUUGGUGUAACU